AAGGCGUCGUUUGAGAUUGUACUCAAUGCACAACGAGUGUAAAGGAAUAGACAUUUAAAACAGUUUUAUUGGCCUUUGGCGAAGGAUGUUUUUCAUUGAAUGUUACACAGUACAUGUCGUUAGUUACAGAUACAUAUAAAGAAGUAGGUACAUCUGUAUAACGUUCUGACACUCUGAGCCUCACAAGGAUGAUGUCUGUAACGACUGUGUCUAUUAUCCUUGCACUGGUUGUUGUUUCACAUGAUGCGAAGGUUUGUAUCGGGAUCGGUGAAAAAAGAAUAAGUUGCACUUUUGAGGAUGACGCCUAUCCUGACGACACCAUAUGCUGCGGGAGCAAAAGCGGGGACACCUCCCAUGAAUACUGCUGUGGCAGCAAUGAACGCAUAGUAAGGGAUGUGGUAAUGCCGACGGUGGUUGGCCUCAUUGCCCUGGGCUGUAUAAUUUCAACAAUUAUCCUAAUGGGCUAUGUCAUCUUCUGGAAACCAAAGGGAGCUCGAGGUCGAGUUGGGAUCAUCGACAAAGAGGAUGAUACAUCUACAGAUCCAGAUACAAAACCAACCAUUGUUGUAAACGAUGAAGCAGAUCAAACUCCACCUCAUAAAGGUACAAACAUGCCUACUACUGCAAAUGAUGAACUAAAGGUCACUCCAACACAAGGUACCUCCCCUCAACCAGCAGGAGUGGCACAAACAGGACCAGUUGAUGCCCCAACCAGUGGACAUAAGUAGACAUCCGAUUAGUCAAAUAUUACAUGAAUAGUACGUUAUAAUUACAACGUGAAAUGCUUAUAUUUGACAUGAACAUGAAGACUGUGUUUACUGUGCCAUUGAAAACGGUUCUGUAUUAACCUGAAUGAAUCCACAUGGAAAAGUAGUUAUUUACAGCGUUUCUAAAGAAAGGUUCUCGGGGAAAAUGUCUAACAUGUGAUAGUCAUGGGAGGUAAUUUAUUUGGAUCUCCAAAAUGAACAUGUUCACCAUUGUUGUUAAAAAGACGUCACGGUUGACAAAACGAACAUUAAACCAUCAUUGGCAAUGAAAUACUAUCUUAAUGUCUAUUAAGGUUGCACUUCUCAGUAACCCCAGUCUUAAUUGAAGUUCUCAAAACAGGUUUCACAAUAUUAUAAAUACCCUCAUGGAAAAGAAUAAUGUCUUUCCUAAAACCAUCUGAUGCACAUAGGCAAACUUAAAGGAAAAGAUCUGAUUCAUGUAGAAAUUGAACAUAUCGAUAAUGCUAUUUUUCAAAGUGUAGACUCAGUAAUAAACUUAUGUAGUGUAAAAGGAAACAGACAUAAGCUCGAGCUAGUCCACUACAUAGAUGAUUUGAUCGAGAGUUACAGACGGGUUGGCCACAAGAACAAGAAAUAUUACAUCUUGAAACUCUUGCAAACCAUAUGGCUUGGAUGUCCUUGAUAUGACCUCACGGGAGUACCACACAAACACUGUACGUAUAUGAACUUCCUGUGUGACGUGGAAUAGAACUCGACCUUCAGCGGUGGAUGUGUCACAUGUAAUAUAUUUGUUUAUACAGUUGACAAUGCAUGCUAUGUAAUAUUUGUUUUGUAUAUUUAUGUGUUUCAUUGCGCUAAUGUCAUUGGAAUGCAAUCUUGAGUGAGUGAGUGAGUUGGGUUUAACGCCGCUUUUAACAGUAUUCCAGUUAUAUCGCGGCAUGUCAGCUAAAUGUGGGAGGAAAGCCCGAAGUGAUGCAGG